UAGACUCAUUUGCUGGGCUGGUCAUCGGGGAUAUAAAAACGAAGAGGCUGUCUGGAGAUGUUCAGAUACUCUUAAGGCUGGAAGCUGAUCUGCUCUACAAAGGAGAGCAACGCUGCUAACCCUGGGAAGGAGAAGACCAGUAUUCCAAUAUGAACCUCGUAGUAGCAUGUCUAGUGUUCUUCCUCUCCGCGACACAGUUACUGGCGGAGGAUAUGGAGUGGACCGAAAGCAACUUUUGGCCAGAAAGUGAAUUAAAUCAGGUAGAUCUAGAUGAACCAAUAUACAGAUAUCGUCUGAGAUUCGCACGAAAACCCAAACCAGAUCAGUUUUAUGGAACCAUGGGGAAAAGGACUGCUGGUGACGUUGAAUUUAAACGGUCAUCUCCAAAAAGGCACAAAUUGGAUUCUUUUGUUGGGCUGAUGGGCAAAAGAUCAUUACGUUCUGACUGGCAAGAAAGCAGCAAUGAAAUGGAUUUCAUCAGAAGGCGUAGAUAAAUGAUCUCUCGCUGUAAUGAGUUAUGGUUCAGUUGGCUGGAAAGUCUUUUCUUCUCUUUCAGUGGCUAAUUCAAUGAAAUUAGCCAAAUGUAUAUUCAAUAAAGUAUUUAUACAACUGAA